AGGAAUUUUCAAAAACGCUCAUAACCUGUUUCAUCUUAUUUCAUUACCAUUGCGACGUUUUCUUGAUUUUCUUGAUUUUUUGCAACUUUGAAACUCGGAAAAUCUGAAAUGUAAUGGCAGAAAAUAACAAAGAGUCUGAGGUGCAACAUAAGACUGCUAAACCAAAGAGACAGAACAGGCCUUUGAACCCAAAUUUAGUGUUUCGUAAGAGACAGCCCCAAAAGCCUGAAACUGCUUCGAAUGUUAUCUAUGUGAGCACCAAAACAAGCAGCAAGGCACUUUUAGAAGCUUGUUCGAAACUGAUCAUCAACAAUGAGCAGGAAAUUAUCAUAUAUUGCUUAGGAGCUGCUAUUCAACGGGGCAUACUGUUGGCUCUCCAGUUGUGUGAAAAACACAUCAGUUACCAAUAUCACACUAAAACUUUUUCCACAACACUUAUAGAUGAUCUGGAACCAGUUGUUGAUGAUGCAGAUUACGAAAUGCAAAAGAGAUUCAACUCUGCCUUAAGAAUCCGAGUAUUUAGAACAGAUCUUCUGAAACAAGCCGGAGGCUCUGAACCAGUGGAAUCUACAUAAUAACAACCAGUUCAUUGCCCCCUUUACGUGCAUUAGUGAUUAGUAAUAUGUUUUUCACAAUAGAGGAGAUGGUAAAAUGGUUGGGGCUUACAGUGUUUGAAAUAUGGAUCACCCUCUUGUCCUUAUUGACUUUCACUAUAAUGCUGGCUGUGAAAUUCGAUCCCGACAUAGAGUUUUAUAAUAAUGAUUGGUGGCUGAUUUUUCUCCCGCUCUUUGUAGGAGAUGCUCUUAACGCCUACUUCUGCAUUAUUGUUUUCAUACGAAUGAUUAUGGAGACCACACUGAAAUUCUGCAUAAUGAAGUUGUGUUGGUCGGUGACCUUUUUAAGUCUCGUAUUUGUUUUUAAGUUUUUGCUUUGUAAAAAGUUCCUAAUUCAGAUUAGUUUAGAUUAUUCAGAGGUAUUUGCGCCGGUGUAUAUUUUAUUGCAGUUAAUUGCUGUUCGUGCAUGCCAACAGAGUUAACUAUUUUCGUUAUAACUAAUCGGGAAUAGGAUAGUGAUUCAGUGCGCGAAAGUCUAAACUGUAAAAGUGGACGGUUUCCGAAAUACAGUUUCACAAAUCUAAGAAAAUAAUUAGUUUGUUCAUAAUGCAGAUUAUUUUGAAUGCCAUCUGCAUAAUAUUUUGAAGCGAGUGGUUUUUUGGGGCGCAAUCUUAAAGUUGUUUAUCAUUUUCUAUGCACAUUGAAGUAUGCUCUUAAUAACUAACUGCAUUUUUUAAAAAUUGAUUGUUUUUAUUAAAAGUUUGAAGUGAUCUCUCAUUUUCAGAUUUAAUCUUUGCUGUCAUUACAAAGACUGAAUAUGAAAAUACGUUCAAACUGCCUUUCUGUGAAACUGUAUAAAUAGUAACAUCCCUAUAGAGAUGCAGUGAAUUUUAAACAUCAAGUAUCUCGAGAAGGGAUGCUUUAAGAGACAGAUAAAAUACCCGUAGAUACACAAAUAUGGUCAUAAAUAUUUGUUACAGCCGGACGUUAAAAAUAUGCUCUUUUAACGAGCAUUUGGAUAUGCCUGAAUGAACACAGAAAAUUAAUUAUGAUAUUAUUUUCAAUAGGCUUUUAGAGACACCCUGUAUUACUUGCGCUAUUCACUUUUUUAUCAUUCCAUGAAACAUGUCCUCCAUAUGGGUGAUGUAUGUUGAUUAGUAAUUACGUUAUAUUAUAAUACAAAGGGGUUCAUGAGAAAGCAGCCAUAAUUUACGUUUGAAAGUUUGUAUAUAGCAAAAAACAUGUAUUUGUAUAUAAAGUCAAAAAUGCAAAGUGAUAAAACUUCAAUACGCAAGAAAUCAAUAGAUAAAAAUACAUCUGAUAUUUACAAUUUAAAAAAAAAUAACUGCGUCUUGUAAAAGUUUGUCAUUUUGGAUAUUUUUGUUUAACGUUCAACAGCUUGUAUAUGUAUGUAUUCGCAAAAUAAAUAUUUUUGAGCUAUCGUUAAUCUCUCAGAUUAAUAUAAUGUGUAACGAAUGCUUUUUCCUCAUCAAAUAUCUUCUAAACAUUUUGUAAACUAUUGCCAAGAACAGCUGAUGGCUGAGUACACAUUAAAGGAACAUAAGCAACUUU